AUGCCUCCGCCCAGAGAUCCAGCAGCACCGACGGCUGCGUCCUCCACGACGCCAACGCCAACGCCAACCCAAACCCCGCCGCUCUCCACGGCACCUUCUUCAGAUGCCAGUAAUCGUAAUACUAAUACCGACACGACCACCUCCUCGACAGCCACUCUCCAGGCCACGCCCGGCCCAUCACGAACGGUCACGGACACCGCCUCGCCGACGACACCUUCGACAAACAGGAACGACCAUCAGCGCAAGAGCCAUAGCCACAGCCUCCGGCUUCCCAGCCGCGUGUCCGCGCAGUCUCCAUCUACAUCCGCUCUGGCGUCGGCGCUUGCGUCCUCGCCGACCCGGCUCUCCAACACGAGCCCCCGCCAGUCGGAAGACGACGCCGGCCGGCACAAGCCCAAGAAACUCGUCAAGCGGCGCCACGACGGUGGCAGCCAGCGCACGCCCAAAGCCAUGGACUUUCCCGAGCGUUUAAAACAAAGCGAAGACGGCGGCGAGGAGGAGGUCAUCCGGCCCGUCGUCUCUGGCAACGGCGCCUUUUACAACAUGAACCAGAGCGUCUUCAACAUGCUCGCCGCCGCCGGCUCAAACAUUGACUUUAACAACCGAUUUGGAGACCACUCGAGCGAGGAGGAUGACGAUGAUGGCGGUGACGCAGAGGGCGGUGAUGGCGACGCUGCGCAGCGUCGGCACUUUGGCAGCGACGGCGCCGCUAUGACGGUCCUGCCCGCUGCCGGCUCCCAUAAGAAGAGCGGCAAGAAGCCCGCCAAGGACGUAUCCCAGUCGACCAUCUUCACACGCAACACCAGCAGCAGCAGUACUGGCAAGGAUGGCAAGGAUGGCAAGGACGGCGAACGUCGCUCGCGUUUCUCCGACAGCAGACUUAUGCGCUCGCUGCCGUCUCUGAAGCAAAAGCUUUCCUCGAGCAAACGCCGCUCGUCGUCCGGUCUGUCGUCCAAGUCGUCCAAGCAUGCAAGCGCAGGCGGCACCGGCGGCAGCCGCAUCCUCGAAGAAGACGAAGACGCCGAUGCCGAGGCAGAGAGCUCCCACACGCCGUCCUCGACCCAGACACGGCUCCCCCGCGGCAGCGGCGCCACCUCGGACGUCGAUGUCGCUGUCGGCUCCGCGCGCGGCUCCAACCACUCUCCGAGCAUCCAGGUCACGCGGGCGGAGCGCAGCAAUAGCGUCCGCAGCAUCCCUGUCAUGUCCCGUAUGCUCGAGGCCAAGGAGCUGGCGUCCCUGCGGCCCAGUUUCGACAUCGACCGGGACCGCAAGGCCGGCGACAAGGACAAGGGCGAUGUUGUCGAUGCCGAGGACGGCGGCCCGUCGGCACUGUCCCGCAAGUUGAUGGAAAUCUUCGAGUUCGACAAGCCGGAAGAAGUCAUUGAAGAAUACCCUUGCUGGCUGCUGCAGAGCGUCUUGCUGCAGGGCUACAUGUACAUCACGUCGCGCCACAUUUGCUUCUACGCCUACCUGCCCAAGAAGGCCAACGAGGUCGCCAAGUCGGGCUACCUGGCCAAGUCGGGCAAGCGGAAUCCCAAGUACAACCGGUACUGGUUCCGGCUCAAGGGCGACGUGUUCUCCUACUACCGCGACGCCAAGAACCUCUACUUCCCCCACGGCCAGAUCGACCUGCGCUACGGCAUCUCCGCCACCGUCUCCGACCAGGACAAGGACGGCGUGCACUUCCAGGUCGUCACGCACCACCGCACCUACUUCUUCCGCGCCGACAGCGCCGCGAGCGCCAAGGAGUGGGUCAAGAGUCUGCAGCGCGUCAUCUUCCGGUCGCACAACGACGGCGACAGCGUCAAGAUCUCCCUGCCCAUCGAGAACGUGAUUGACAUUGAAGAGAACCAGGCCAUGGUCGAGUUCACGGAGACGUGCAAGAUCCGCGUCAUCGAUAACGACGAGACGUUUGCCAUUGACGAGUACUUCUUUUCCUUUUUCGACUACGGCAAGGAUGCCGUGCGUGUUCUCAAGAUCCUCAUCGACGCCAACAACGUCAACAGCAACAGCAACAACAACGCCGAUUCCGACAACCAGAGCGGCCAAGGCACGCCCAGCCGCGCCUACGGUCGGCGCCUCGAUCUACCGUCGGCCGGCCAGGGCAUGGACGACCGCGUCUCGCAGGACUCGACCGGCAGCGUCGCCUUUGGCGCCGGCCAAGAGCGCAUGUCCAUGUCCAAGCCGCCUUCCAAGCUGCAGGACUCGGUACGCGCGACGCUCCUUUCGAUUCCUCCCACGGCAGCCAGCAGUCCGCGUGCCAGCGGCGAAAUCCCGCGCACCAGCUUUGAUGCGCUGCGCUCGUCCUUUAGCCCGACCCGUCGCAGCCUCGACACGAGCCAGGUCCUGCGGGCCAACCCGCCGCGCCGGAGCUUCAGCGAUCGGAUCAAAGGCGCGUCCGGCGAAAAGGUACAGCGCAAGGUCAGCCUGCGCAGCACAUCGGCCGCACAGCCGCAAUCGUCUGACCCGCAGGACUCGACCGAUUCGUUCAUGCAGUCGUCCGUGGAAGAUCCGAGCCAAAUCAGCUUUUCGAACAUGGCGGCCUCUUCCAGCGACGACCCCUCGGCCAGCCAGAUCCUGCACGGCAGCGACGUGUUCCAAAGCCCGACGGUCGAUGCAGGCUCGCCCCAUUCCGCAGGUCCCCCUCCAUCUACGUCUCGGCCCGCCGCCGCCGCCGCCGCCGCCGCCGCCAAGCCUCUACCACGCCAUUCUGCCACGACCGGCGACAUUCGCAAGUUCAAAGGUGCCGCUUCCGACGAAGUCGGAGACAACGAGGAGGGCCUGGCCCAGAACCUGGCCCGCCUUGGCACCUACCCUCUGCAGCGCGCUGGUGCCUAUGCUGGCUGGCUGAACCGCCAGUCGCGCCGCAUGAGCACCAUGCUGGCGACCGAGUCCAUGGGCUACGUCGAGAAGGUGUCGGGCAUGUGGAAGGGCGGCCGCCAGCACUACGACGACGCAUCUCUGACGCCGCACGCGGAUGCUGGCAUUCCCGACGGCGAGCCCGGCAUGUCCGUGGCGGACGCGAUCGUCUCCAACGAGCAUUUCCGCGAGCACUUUGCCUUGCCCGACACCGAAAAACUGGAGGCGACGUACUUUGGCUCCAUCAUGCGCGUGCUGCCCCUGUAUGGCAAGAUUUACGUCAGCCAGCGCUACUUCUGCUUCCGCAGCCUGGUGCCCGGUACGCGCACCAAGCUGAUCCUGCCGCUCAAGGACAUUGAGAACGUGGUCAAGGAAAAGGGUUUCCGCUACACGUACGCCGGCCUGGUGGUCGUGAUCCGCGGCCACGAAGAGCUCUUCUUUGAGUUCCACCAGGCCGAACUGCGCGACGACUGCGCCAUCACCCUGCUGCAUCUUCUCGACCGGUUCCGCUCGGCCAAGGAGUCGGGUGUCCUGAGCGACCAAGACAAGGCGGAAGCCGAUGUGGCCCUCGCUGAGCGCGAUGCGCUGAAAGAGGCCCGCGAGGAGGCCGCGGCGCGCAUGGACGACCACGCCGAGACGCCGGCCGAGUCCACCGCCGCGGCCGUCGCCACGGCCAAGGCGGUGGCUGCCUCGAGCGAAGCCAAAGCCGAGCGGCUGAACCGCAAGAUCCUGCGCCAGUCGGCGCUCAUGUCGGAAGCGCCCACGAUUCUCUUCGACGACCCGAAAGCGUCCUUUCUCAACUUCAAGCCCGCCAAGCCCCUGCGCAUCACGUGCCUCACGAUUGGCUCCCGCGGCGACGUGCAGCCGUACAUUGCGCUGGGGCGCGGCCUGCUGGCCGAGGGCCACCACGUGCGCAUCGCCACACACCCCGAGUUUGAGGGCUGGAUCCGCAGCCACGGCCUGGACUACGGACGCGUGGCGGGCGACCCGGGCGAGCUGAUGCGCAUCUGCAUUGAGAACGGCACCUUUACGAUCCAGUUUUUGCGCGAGGCCAACAGCAAGAUGCGCACGUGGCUCGACGAGCUGCUGUCCACGGCGUGGACGGCGUGCCAGGGCGCGGACCUGCUGAUCGAGUCGCCCAGCGCCAUGGCCGGCAUCCACAUUGCCGAGAAGCUGCAGAUCCCGUACUUCCGGGCGUUUACGAUGCCGUGGACGCGCACGCGGGCGUACCCCCACGCGUUCCUGAUGCCCGAGCGCCGGAUGGGCGGCGCGUACAACCAGUUCUCGUACGCCAUGUUUGAAAACAUCUUUUGGCGGGCGACGGCCGGGCAGGUCAACCGGUGGCGCAACAAGACGCUGGGGCUGCGCAACACGUCGCUGGAAAAGCUGCAGAUCAACAAGGUGCCGUUCCUGUACAACUUUAGCCCGUGCGUCGUGCCGCCGCCGCUGGACUACAGCGACUGGAUCCGCGUAACGGGCUACUGGUUCCUCGACGAGGGCACCAACAUCAAGAAGGCCAACAACAACAGCAGCAGCGAGCCCGAGGGGAACGAGGUGGCCGAGGCCAAGGAGCCGGCCUGGACGCCGCCGCAGGACCUGCUCGACUUUAUCGCCAAGGCGCGCAAGGACCGCAAGAAGAUUGUGUAUGUCGGGUUCGGCUCGAUCGUGGUGGCGGACCCAGCCAAGAUGACGCAGGAAGUGAUUGACGCCGUGCACAAGGCGGACGUCCGCUGCAUCCUGUCCAAGGGCUGGUCGGACCGGCUGGUGGCCAAGAAGGACGACAAGACGGAGGCGGCGGCAGAGGCAGAGGCGGAGGCGGCGACAGGACUUGUUCUGCACGCGGACCCGCCCGAGGACGUGCUGCCGGCGGAGAUCUUCCCCAUCAAGUCGGCGCCGCACGACUGGCUGUUUGCGCAGAUCGACGCCGCGGCGCACCACGGCGGCUCCGGCACGACGGGCGCGUCGCUGCGCGCCGGCAUCCCGACCAUCAUCCGGCCCUUUUUUGGCGACCAGUUCUUCUUUGGGAUGCGCGUGGAGGACCUGGGCGUGGGCCUCUGCCUCAAGAAAUGGGGCGCCAUGUCGUUUGCGCGCGCGCUCUGGGAGGCGACCAACUCGGAGCGCAUGAUCCGCAAGGCGGCCGUGCUGGGCGAGCAGAUCCGCGAGGAGAACGGCGUCGACACGGCCAUCCAGAGCAUCUACCGCGACAUGGAGUACGCCAAGUCGCUGGUGCGCGAAAAGGCCGUCAAGAGCGGGAUGCUGCGGAGCGGCGGCGGCACCGAACGCGCCGACCGCGGCCACGGCAAGAAUGACAACAACACCGACAGCGACGAGGAGGCGUACAACGACGAUGACGACGACGACGACGAGCCCGAGGAGAGCUGGACGUUUGUCGGGGACGAUGACCCGAUGCAGCAGUCGGUGAUCCUGACGCCAGAUGCCGGCCGCGCCAGCGGUGACGACGGCGUGGUGCAGCCGGCCAGCAGCGGUGCCGGUGGUAGCAGUGGCAGUGGCGGCUACAAGGCCUUGGGAAGCCGCAUUCUUGGCAUUGCGACGGCGCAGAAACAAUAA